AUGAGCGCCGAAAUGGAACAAAAUAUGAUUAUCGAGCGUGAUGUGCCCAUUCGUAUGGAUGAUGGGAUUGAGCUCCGUGCAGACAUCUUCAAACCCGCGCACAGUGACCGCUUUCCAGUCCUGAUAUCACUGAGCCCGUACGGAAAAGGCUUUGAGUGGAAGAAAGGUUGGGCCUCAUCCUGGCAAUCUUUUUGGGCCAAGCACCCCAACGCUCUGACCGGGUCGACUCAUUCGCAUCUGAUCUGGGAAUGUGUCGAUCCCGAGGUGUGGACUGCGCUCGGGUAUGCGAUCGUCCGGAUUGACUCGAGGGGGGCUGGGCGCAGUCCUGGCGUUUUGGACGUCUUUGGGCCUCGAGAAGUCGAAGACUUUUACCACGCCAUAGAAUGGGCCGGCACGCAGCCGUGGAGUAACGGCAACGUCGGCAUCGCUGGCAUCUCGUAUCUCGCCAUGAAUCAGUGGCUGGUUGCAUCUCUGCAGCCGCCGCAUCUCAAGGCCAUGAUCGCCUGGGAGGGCUCGGCCGACUACUAUCGCGACACGGCCCGGCACGGUGGCAUCCUGUCGAAUGGUUUCCUGAGAGCCUGGUACGACAAGCAGGUCAUUUUGCUUCAGCACGGCAACCCUAAAGGGCCAGAAGACCCCUGGUUAGGCACUAGGUCAACAGGGCCGUUAAACCUGUCGGAAGAGGAGCUCAAGAAGAACCGCAUGGACGCGGUGGAUGUGCCACUGCAAAUGGAGUGGGACGGUGAAUGGUACCGGAAGCGGUCGCCGGUUUGGUCCAAGGUCACGGUGCCUUUCGUGAGCGCGGCUAAUUGGGGAGGCAUGGGGCUGCAUCAACGCGGAAACUUCGCGGCCUUUGAGGAGGCGGCCUCGACCGAAAAGUGGCUGGAAAUUCACUCGGGAAAGCACGAGGAAGGUUUCUACCUGGACUACGCGCUGGAGCUACAAAAAAAGUUCUUCGACCACUAUCUAAAGGGUGUGAGCAACGGGUGGGAAAAGGAAAAGCGCGUGCGCAUGAAGAUCCGGCGCCCUUUUACCGAAGACUUCCAGGAGCGACGCGCCGACGUCUGGCCACUGCCCCAGGUCAAAUGGACCCAACUGUUUCUUUCUGCCGCGACCACAGCCCUGCUAUGGGAGCCGGCCUCGAAAGACGGGCAGGCAACGUUUGACGCUCUGGGAGCACCGUUGAUCUUUCAGUCGCAACCGCUGGCCCAGGAGACCGAAAUCACCGGCCCGCUCGCGGCAAAGCUAUUCAUCUCCUCCACGACCACCGACGUAGACCUGUUCCUCACCUUUCAAGCAUUCUCGCCAUCUGGGGAAGAGGUCGAAUUUCAGGGCAGCCACGAUCCCCACACGCCGCUGGCUCAGGGCUGGCUGCGGGCGUCCCAUCGCAAGCUCGACCCGGACCGCAGCAAGCCUCAUCGGCCGUUCCACACGCACGACGAACAAUGGCCCCUCGAGCCCGGCAAGGUGACUGAGGUUCAGAUCGAGAUCUGGCAGACCAACAUUGUUCUUCCCGCAGGGUACACUCUGGCUUUACAGAUCGGCGGCCAUGACUUCGAACGGGGAAAGCCCGUCAUCAUUGGAGAAAGGGUCAACGAUGGAGUUGGGCCAUUCCGACAUACGCAUCCUGUUGACCGCCCGACCGAUAAGUUCGGUGGCAAGACCACCAUUCACACCGGUGGAGAGCAUGAUUCUCACCUCUUGCUACCCCUAGUUCCUGUAUAG